GUCUUUUACACGCUAGCUCGUGUGCCGGGAGGGAUACGCAACACACCUUGGGGCGCGAAACUUUUAGAACUAGGGGGCCGUGACAUGUCGGAGCAGCUAUGUAAUACAAGCGUGAACCGAAGUUUCUCUACAUAGCCCGGAGGGGCGGAUUAAAAAGGGGGGAAAAGUCAAAGGGAAACUACCGUGUGAGUGAGGGCUACCAUGGAAAAAGACAGUAAAGAAACCAAGACCAACCCGGAGGCUACGGCCGGCCUGGUGUCCAAGAUAUUUUUCUGGUGGCUCAAUCCUUUGUUUCGCAUUGGAUACAAACGCAAGUUGGAAGAAGAGGACAUGUACGAUGUGCUCACAGAGGACAGGUCGAAGAAUCUUGGGCAGGAUCUACAGAGAUACUGGGAUGUUGAGAUCCAGAAAGCUACCAAAGAGCUGCGACCACCUUCACUCACCAAAUGCAUCAUAAAGUGCUACUGGAAACCAUAUGGAGUGCUGGGAAUCUUUACCCUCAUUGAAGAAGUCAUCAAGGUGGUCCAGCCGGUGUUCUUGGGGAAGAUGAUUAUUUACUUUGAGACCUACGACCCAGAAGACAUGGUGGCUCUGUACGAGACUCUGGGCUACGCGGCCGGCCUCUCCGUCUGCUCCAUCGGACUCGCCCUGCUCCAUCACCUCUACUUCUACCACGUCCAGAGGACAGGCAUGAAGAUCAGAGUGGCCAUGUGUCACAUGAUCUACAAAAAGGCUCUGUGUCUCAGCAGUUCAGCCAUGGGAAAGACCACCACGGGCCAGAUCGUCAACCUCCUUUCCAACGACGUCAACAAGUUUGAUGACGUGACCAUCUUCCUGCACUUCCUGUGGGUGGGGCCCCUCCAGGCCGCGGUGGUGGUGGGGCUGCUGUGGAUGGAGAUCGGUCCGUCAUGCUUGGCAGGCAUGGUGGUGCUUAUGAUCCUGAUGCCAAUGCAAACCAUGUUUGGAAGACUCUUUUCUAAGUUCAGGAGUAAGACGGCCAGUCUCACGGACGACAGGAUCCGCAUGAUGAACGAAGUGGUGUCUGGGAUCAGGAUCAUCAAGAUGUACGCCUGGGAGAAACCCUUCUCUGCUCUGGUGUCUGAGGUCAGAAGGAAGGAGAUCUCCAAGAUCAUGAAGAGCUCCUACCUAAGAGGCCUCAACAUGGCAUCCUUCUUCUGCGCCAGCAAGAUCAUCCUCUUCAUCACCUUCACCCUCUACGUCCUGCUGGGAAACACCAUCACAGCUAGCCGCGUGUUCGUGACGGUUUCGCUGUACACCGCCGUGCGACUCACUGUCACGCUCUUCUUCCCCAGCGCCAUCGAGAAGCUGUUCGAGAGCCGCGUCAGCAUCCGCAGGAUCCAGGAGUUCCUGAUGCUGGAUGAGAUCAUAGAGAGCCCGCUGCCCCCCCCACAGGAGGAGAAGGAGGACGCCUCGGUGGAGAUGCAGGACCUGGUCUGCUACUGGGACAAGAGUCUGGAUGCUCCAUCUCUGCAGAACCUCUCCUUCUCUCUGAACUCAAAUAAGCUGUUGGCUGUGAUUGGACCAGUGGGAGCUGGAAAGUCCUCUCUGUUGAGCACCAUCCUGGGAGAGCUGCCCAACGAAAAGGGGACUCUGAAGGUCAAAGGUCAGCUGACGUACGCCGCCCAGCAGCCCUGGGUGUUCCCCGGAACAAUCCGCAGCAACAUCCUGUUUGGGAAGGAGCUGGAGCCCCAGAAGUACGAGAGAGUCCUCCGAGCCUGCGCCCUGAAGAGGGACAUGGAGCUGCUCCCAGAUGGAGACCUGACACUGAUCGGGGACAGAGGGGCCACUCUCAGCGGGGGACAGAAAGCUCGGGUCAACCUGGCCAGGGCUGUGUAUCAGGACGCAGACAUCUACCUGCUGGAUGACCCUCUGAGCGCCGUGGACGCAGAGGUGGGGAGACACCUGUUUGAAAAGUGUAUCUGUGGCCUGCUGAAGAACAAGCUUCGUAUCCUGGUAACCCACCAGCUUCAGUACCUGCAGGCCGCCGACCAGAUUAUCGUCCUCAAGGAGGGUCACAUGGUGGCUAAGGGGACGUAUGCAGAGCUGCAGCGGUCGGGGGUGGACUUCACCUCCUUGCUGCAGCAAGAGGAAGAGGAGGAGGAGCAGCAGCAGGCUCCUCAGGAAGUGUCUGUGAGGAAGAGAACUCUGUCCCAGAACUCUGCGCUCUCUCAGGCAUCCUCCGUGCACUCGGUCAAAGACGGAGACCAUUUACCGGCAGAGGCUGUGCAUACGGUAGCAGAGGAGAGUCGCGCUCAGGGAAACAUCGGAGCGGGUCUGUACGUGAAGUACAUGAGAGCUGGAGCCAGCGUGGUUCUUCUGAUCUUCGUCAUCCUGGUCAACAUUCUGGCUCAGGUGGCAUACGUUAUGCAGGACUGGUGGUUGGCUCAUUGGGCCGACGAGCAAGGGAAGCUGCUGGUGAACGGCACCGUCAUCCAGAACGGACAAAACGUCACGGUGGAGCUGGACACGACGUUCUACCUGGGCAUUUACGGAGGUUUGACGGCGGCCAUCGUCCUGCUCGGUUUUGUGAGGAACAUGGUCAUGUUCCACGUGCUGGUGAAGAGCGCACAGGCUCUGCACAACCGCAUGUUCAACUGCAUACUAAGGACGCCCGUGCGCUUCUUUGACAUCAAUCCCAUCGGAAGAGUUUUAAACAGGUUUUCAAAGGACAUGGGCCAGCUGGAUUCUAACAUGCCGUGGACUAUGGUGGACUUUAUUCAGGUGUCCCUGCAGAUCAUCGGGACGGUAGCCGUGUCAGUGUCGGUGAUCCCCUGGAUCCUCAUCCCCGUGCUUCCUCUGCUGCUCGUCUUCAUCUACCUGCGGCGCUACUUCCUGCAGACUGCCAGGAACAUCAAGCGCCUCGAGGCCACCACUCGGAGUCCCGUGUUCUCCCACCUGUCGUCGUCCCUGCAGGGCCUGUGGACCAUCCGAGCCUUUAGAGAACAGGAGAGGUUCCAGAACGUCUUUGACGCCCAUCAGGACCUCCACUCAGGGGCCUGGUUCCUGUUCCUCACCACCUCUCGCUGGUUUGCUGUGCGUCUGGACGGCAUUUGCGCCAUCUUUGUUACUACGGUGACCUUUGCCUGCCUUCUGCUCAGAGACCAGCUGGACGCCGGCUCUGUGGGUCUGGCUCUGACGUACUCCGUCACUCUGAUGGGCAUGUUCCAGUGGGGGGUGAGGCAGAGUGCAGAGGUGGAGAACAUGAUGACGUCAGUGGAGAGGGUGGUGGAGUACACCGAGCUGGAGAGCGAGGCACCCUGGGAAACUGAGAAGCGUCCUCCUCCCGAUUGGCCCAGCAAAGGCCUGGUGACCUUUGACCGCGUCAGCUUCUCCUACAGCCCCGAGGGCCCGCUGGUGCUGAACAACAUGAAGGCAAUGUUCAGACCCCAAGAGAAGGUGGGCAUCGUGGGGAGGACGGGCGCCGGGAAGAGCUCUCUGGUGUCGGCUCUGUUCCGCCUGGCCGAGCCUCAGGGGAAGAUCUACAUAGACGGAGUUCUGACCUCUGAGAUCGGCCUCCACGACCUGCGCACCAAGAUGUCCAUCAUCCCUCAGGACCCGGUGCUGUUUACAGGCUCCAUGAGGAAGAACCUGGACCCCUUCGGCCAGCACUCUGAUGAGGACCUGUGGAGGGCUCUGGAGGAGGUGCAGCUCAAGUCGGUGGUGGAGGAGCUGCCCGGGAAGCUGGAGACGGUGCUGGCCGAGUCGGGGUCCAACUUCAGCGUGGGCCAGAGGCAGCUGGUGUGUCUGGCCCGGGCCGUCCUCCGACAGAACCGCAUCCUGGUCAUCGACGAGGCCACGGCCAACGUGGACCCCAGGACGGAUGAACUGAUCCAGAAAACCAUUCGGGACAAGUUCAGAGAGUGCACCGUGCUCACCAUCGCUCACCGCCUCAACACCAUCAUAGACAGCGACAGGAUCAUGGUGCUAGAUGCAGGGAGAAUUCAGGCCUAUGAUGCACCUUACACGCUGCUUCAAGAUCCAGAAGGAAUCUUUUGCAAAAUGGUGCUGCAGACCGGCAGGCAAGAGGCGGCAGCGUUACUGCAAGCGGCCAAACAGGCAUACAACAGCAAAAGCCGUCCUGACGUCGCUAACGGACACGCGGAGACGGCAGAUGGUCACUUGGUGAUCUUUGAGACGGCGCUGUGAGCUCGUGGAGGGGAUUCCUCGGACGUCACAAAGUGCCUGCGCGCUCGCAAAUGGCCGAAUGAAAGACUUGGUCGCUGUAGCCCGUCGGGAGACGGGACCCUGAGAGGCCCUCCGCUCGCUGUGCCUCAGCCAAAUGUACACGUGCACAUUUAGCCCACUCAGAGACCGACAGCUUCAAAUACAUGGCUAUUUAUUUACCGUGCUGUACGUUUGCCCUCUGUCUGAUGAUGCCUUGAAGAAGUUGCUUAUUUAAUAUAUAUAUACGGUAUAUAUAUAUAUAUACACACACACAAGUGCCUUAUUUUAAGUUUGCACAUGUGUCAAGGCCAGUGUCUGAUCUAUCCGCAGUAGCCUUGUGUCUGUUCGUACGGGUAGUAUUAUUGCACGCCGCUGAUCCUUGUCAAAUCAAACUCAAAACAAAUGUUUCGGCAAUCUCGUUACUAAUUGUUUUUGUACAAUUGUGUUGACAUUUCAGUCAUCUACACAAGUUUAGAACUGCAGUACAUCAAUCUUCGGACUUAACAGUUUCCAGGUGAGGACGUGUCCAAUUAAUUUGUUAGAAUGACAUUACACUUUUAAUUACUUUUUAGUUGGUUUACCAAUUUGUCAUAAAUAUGUUUGUACCUUUGUUCUCAAAUGCUGAAUACAAAUUGUACAUCUUG